AUGCGGCCGCCAGUCCCGUCCAGAGCUUUCUUUCGGAAAGUCUCCACUAAGCACGGCCCGUAUAUUGUCUCUCGUCUGCCUACAAAGUCCCAACACCUGCCGAAGAUCCCCAAUCGGACGCUCCCGCUUCCUUCAACUUGUUCACGCUUCCUUGGCCCUCGUUUACACAGACAGUAUUCCACAGCUUCAGCGCACUCUCAAACAUCUAAGCCUUACCUGCUUCUACGUCGCAUUGUCGGAUUCACGGCCAUUGCCAUUGUCGCAUUUUCUACCGGACUCGCUUAUCAGACUCAGAAGACUGUUGCGCGCAUGAUGGCUGUCAGCAUGCCCACCGACGAGGAGACUCUCACUGCCUUUGUACCCUCCGAUGAGUUCACGAAAGAGGUCGAAGACUAUAUCCGCAAUCACCCUGUGACCCUUGCUUUACGUCAAGACCCAGCUUAUACCGAAUCGCGACCACAUUUGAAGAUCCCGCAAGAAUUGCGCGCGCGUCAUCUAACCGCCGGUAUCCUUGCAACCCCAGGCGGAAUUGUGGUGCCGCCUUACGUUUUCUGCGAGGAGGGCGGAAAGAGUCUGACUGCCAUCUUUUACCUUGGCUCCGAUGUCUCCGGUCAUCCUGGCAUUGUCCACGGCGGUCUUUUGGCCACGCUGCUGGAUGAGUCCAUGGCCCGGUGCUGCUUCCCCGCGUUGCCAAACAAAGUGGGUGUGACGGCCAAUCUGAACAUUGACUACCGGCGCCCAGCGAUGGCCAACAACUAUGCUAUCUUGAAGGCGAAGACGGUCAAGGUGGAGGGCCGGAAGGCUUGGGUUGAGGCGCACAUCGAAACUCUUCCUGAGGAUGGUAAAGAACCAGUCGUACUGGUGGAGGCAAAGGCUCUGUUUAUUGAACCCAAGCAAGCUGCGGCCAUGGCAAGUCUGUACAAAGUUACCAACUAG